GUCAAACAAUUCUAUUGUUAUAUGACCAACAAAGUUUAAGAAAUUUAAUACAAAAACCUAGUCGUACAUAAAAUAAUAAAAACCAAACCAUUAUUUCUAGAAAUUAAAAUUAAAAUUAAAAUAAAAGUAAGAAAUAAUUCUGAGAUCGUACAGUACAAUACUUAUAUAUUUAAAAUUAAGCGAAAGUAAAUUUUAAAUUACGUAUACUGUGAUAAUUUAGACGUUUGCUUAUGGUAGGAAAGAUAACGAUAGAGAAUAAAACAGAGAAAAUGGUAGCAACGAAGCAUGUGAAACAAUCACUGAGUAGCUAGCUCCAUGCUGAGCACUUACGGUCUGCUCUCUUACGCACCUUUCGGAGUGAGACAAACGUAAAGAUACAACCCGUGAUACCUCUGAUCUCUCUUCCCUCGACACUUUUACUAUCAACAUAUAUGCAACACAUUACACAUUUGAACUCGCUGAUAUGUAUUUGUCGGUUGGAUUAUUAUGGCUAAUUCACAGGUGUAUCUGACAUCUGGAAGUUUGCCAUUAUUUUAUUCUCCUUUCUCGUUCAUCGAUGUGUGCUCAAACUGUCUUAUUUUAGUUUAUGCUCAAGAUCAUUUACUUGAAAGUUGAAAGAAUAUUUUUUUCCUUACCAGCAAACCUUUAAACCCGUGCUACAAGUUAGUAUUUUCUUUUGUCAGAAAAAGUUAGCAUUUUCUUUCUUCAAAAUAUUAUUUAGCUUAGUCCCAAUAAGUCUGAUGGGUUUAAUCAAAUAUUCAAGUAUUUAUUUUUUAUAAAAUUAGAAAUAUAAUAAUAUAACCAAGAGUUCUUGGUCUAGUGGUAAUAGAACUCCAGCUGAAAUAUCCAUCCUGGGUUCGAGUCACUUUGGUCACCUUCUCGAUUAUAACUGUGCGUGCCCGCAUGGAAAACUUCGUGGGGAUUAGUCUAGGUUUACCGUCUAGAAUCCCCCACAGACAUAAUAUAUAUAUAUAUAUAUAUAUAUAUAUAUAUAUAUAUACAAAUUAAUGAUUUUAAUGUCUACACACCAAUUAUUUUCAUAUUAAUAUUUGAAUAGAUUAUUUUAUUCGCUUUACAAAUAAUAUAGUACUAUAAUAUGAAGACAUUAUAUAAUUUAUUUGUCAAACUAUCAUAGAAUCAGAAAUCAAUACAACACGAGAUAUAUAAUCUUAGACUCACUUUCAAUUUCAAAUAACCUCUAGUCCGCUAAUUUUACUAUUUCUAAUCUUAUUUGGUUUUUGAUGUUUCAAUAAGCUCAUCACCAAGAUGUAUGUUCGUGCUAAACGACAAAAAGAUGUGUGUAUAUAUAGAUCCCGAGAUAUAUUCUUUAAAGCUCAAAAAAUAAUAAUCUUUAUCUCAAAGAGCUCAAAUUAUUGAGAAAGCUAUGGUGGCUGGUGGACAAAAGAAGAGGGCACGCCAAGAGAAGCCUCAUUUCCUUAAUCCCAGACACUCUAAACUUAGUAACCAUGAACAGAGCAUGGUCGAUAGCGAAGCUCUUUUAUACAUAAUCAUGCUCAAACUCAAAAUAGGAGCUCUGCAAAGGAAAGCUGAAGUUUUCAAGAUCAUCAAAAGAGAACCUUUACACCAGUUUCAGGAUGUAAAGGUGGAGAAGAUUGGGGAAAAGUUCCAAGUAAAGAUAAAAAGUCUAAAGGGAGACGAUAAGCUUAUUAACAUUCUUGAAGCAUUUGAAGAAAUGGGGUUGAGUGUAGCUCAAGCAAGGGCUUCAUGCCAAGAUGCAUUUGUCAUGGAAGCAAUUGUUGUACCUCAAUCCAAAGACAAGCUGUGGAGCGUAGAUGAUAUGACCGAUACUCUGGUUAAAGCACUUUACCCACUGUAAUAAUAUAUUGGAAAAGGGAACUAAAGAAGAAAAAAAGAAGCUCAAGAAUGUAAUUCUUAUUUUCGAAUUGGGACUUUGAAUAUAUGUCGUUUUGAAACUCAGUUCAGAUUCAGUGUUGCCCAAUGCAAACCAUAGAAAUCAAAAUGUAAACUGAUGAUUAUAAUAAUUUACUAGAAGAUUAAAUAUCAGGUUAAAUCAUAUAUUUUUCCAUAAACAACAGUUAAGAUGAAAAGUGAAUAGUGAAUGAAGAUGAUGAUAGAGGAAAGUCAUUUGAACCAAAACGUUAUAAUAAAAAGAAGUUUCAAGUAGAGGAUCAUGACAAAAGAAAGUCAAUUUUUUUUUUUAACUUUGAAGGUAUCUCAAGACCAAAACCACGGAAAAACUCAAACUAAUCCUUAAAGAGGUGGUGUGACCCAUGGACUCUCAUUUCAGGUAUUGAAAUUAGGUUAAAGCAUGGCUCCAUAGUAAUCUAAAGCAUAGCCUCAUAUCCGCGUGAAAUGUAGUAGAGUGCCUCCGAAUUCGAAUUACUUAGCACUCUGAAAUCCACCUACCACUAGAACACCACCUUGUAGUUCAAAAGAAAGUCAUUAAAACAAACCAAGAAAAGAUUCGGAUGUGAGGGAUUAUUUCACUAUCAUUAGCUUUCGCAGGAAGUUAUGAAAAAGUAUAAUACAAUCCCUGCAAGAAGAAAAAAGUGCAUGAUAAACACCAAAAAGGUAUGAAUUUUGUAAGAUAGUGAUGUUGGUAAAAAUAAUGAUGGUACGGAAGCAAAAUUACAAUAACACAGAAAUGAUUAUUCUAUUUUCUGAGAUGGUAAAUACAGAAAUGAUGAUUUGUAGAGUUUUAGAUCGAUUUGCCUUAGGUUUUAUUUUUCUUAGGUUAAGGAUUGAUUUCGAUUGUUUAUGGUUUAAGGUUCGAGAUCAAAAUCAAAAUACAAACAAAGACACAAGACACUUGUUCACCCGGUGUUCGCUGAUAUACUCACCGUGGAGGGAGACGGUAUCCCUCAACUGCUUAACAAUCGGAUUUGAUCAAGUUACACAAGUACAACAAUGGUGAACCUUGUGUACAAUCGAAAUAAUGAAUGAAAGAGUUAGCAAGCUUAUCACUUCCUCUGUGAAGCCGGAAAGUCAUGCCGGAAUGAUCCAACCUGAUCGUUUACCGCUUUCAUUGCCUUGGAGACUGUUUUAAGCCGUACAAAGAUUUUCUCAGAAGACACACUUUGUUCUCUUCACCUGGUUUCACAUAACCUUCAGGUUGAUCCAUUAGAAUCCUCUCGUCUAGGUUUCCAUGUAGAAACACGGUCUUGACAUCCAACUGUUCCAACUCAUAAUCUUUAUUCACAACAAUUGAAAGCAUUAGUCGUAUUGAGACGUGCUUGACCAUUGGUGAGAAAAUUUCGUUGUAGUCAAUUUCUUCCUUCUGUGAGAAUCCCUUUGCAACUAGCAUGCUCUUAUACCGAAGAUCUUCAACUCCAGGGAUACCAGACUUAUACUUGAAAAUCCACUUGCAUCCCGCAGUCUUCUAAUCAUUUGGUCUCUCAGUAAGAUCCCAAGUGUGAUUUCUCUCAAGUGAAUCCAUUUCAUCAUUUGCAGCAUUUUUCCAGUGUUUCCAGUCUUUGCUUCUUUUAGCUUCGUCAAAAGAUUUAGGUUCUUCCUUCUCUAUUUCAUCUGCCACUGCUAGAGCGUAAACAACUAUGUUAGCAUCCUGAUAUCUCGACUGUGACCUCACAUUAUGUCUACGGACUCGAUCUCUUGCAAGCAGUAGUUAUCAACAUACCCCAUAGCUUCAGUGUCUUCAACAAACGUCAACCCUUCUGACUCAUCAUCACUUUCUGAUUCACUUGAACUUCCUUGAUCCUCUAAGCCCUGUUGAGACAUACUUGUGUUUCCAGGAUUUGAUGUUUUACCAUGUUCAUAGUUGGGAUCACUAGGUCCACGAAUCAGACUGGGACUGAAAGAGACUUUCUUCGUUGAUUUCUUGGUUUAUUUGUCUGUGCAUCUGACCCAUCUACGCUUUCUUCUUGUUUAUGAAUUAUCGUGUCCUUGUAGAUUUCAUCUUCCUGAACACAACAUCUCGGCUUGUAUUAGACUUUAGGUCUUCUAGAAUCCAUACCCUGUAGCCUUUAACUCUAAACGGGUAUCCCAAGAAAACUCCUUUCCUAGCUCUAGAACUCGUCUUCUCUUGAGUAAUAUGAACAUAUGCCGUGCAACCAAAUCUUCUCAAGUGUGAUAAAUCAAGCAUGUUCCCAGACCAAACUUCCUCUGGUAGUUUGAAGUCUAAGGAUGAAUUUGAUGUCUAGUUUAUCAAAUACACUGCUGUAGAAGUAGCUUCUGCCAAAAACCUUCGUCCCAAACUAGUUUAUGCGAGCAUACUCUUUACUUUAUCCAUGAUGGUGCAGUUCAUACGUUCUGAAACCCCAUUCUGUUGAGGCGUGUAGGUGCAGGUUUGAUGCCUCUUGAUUCCAACAUUUCUGCACAACUCAUCAAAUUGAUUGUUGCAGUAUUCCAGUCCAUUGUAAGACCCUUGAUUCUUUUCUUUGUGUAGCUUUCGACUGCCUCUUUCCACUCUUUGAACUUGGAGAACUCUUCAUCCUUAGUUCUUAGGAAAUAUACCUAAACUUUCUUUGAGAAGUCAACGCUUCAUCCUUAUUUUCGGAGUUGAUGGAGAACCCCAAAGAUUUAAAUGAGCAUACUCUAAGAUGCCUUUAGUAGUAUGCUUAGCUGUAGGAAAACUUUGUUUGUGUGAUUUUCCCACACAGCCUUCGCAAAGUUCUAGUUUUCCCACUUCAGUCUAUGGUAUGAAACCUUCUUUAAAAGCAACUUCAUGUUCUUUGAACUCAUGUGGCUCAAUCGAGAAUGCCACACUUUUGUUUUGUUAUGAGUAGCUUCAAUGACAUUUUCUUCACCUCGUGACACUGUUUCUUGUAGAUGGUACAAUCCAUUUUCAUACUUGCAAGUGAUCACUUUAUGUCCUUCUUUGUAGAAUGUUAUGGUGAAGUCUCCACCUUAAUAGUUACAUCCUAACUUUUCUAGCAUUCCAUAGGAGAUUAAGUUCUUGCUCAUGUAUGACAUAUAGCGAACAUCUUUAAGAAUGAUUACUGCACCAUCUUCAUUUGUAAUUCUGAUCUUGCCAAUGUUUUUUAUUUCGCAUUGUGUGUUGUUUGCCAUUAGAAAUUUGCUUCAAUCUUCUUCUUUUAGAUCAAAUAGGACAUCUUUGUCUGGUGUGAUGUGAAAUGUACAGUUUGAAUCGAGAACUUUUUUUUUUAUAAAUUUAAAUUAAUUAUGACAUAUUUAAGAAUCAUAGUAUAAAAUACAAAUACUUUUAAAGUUAAUUCUGAAGUUUUAUUUUUGAAAAAAAAUGUCAUUAAUUGCCAAAUAUAAAAUUUUGCAAACUUCAAAUAAAAUGUUUUUUCAGAAACGCUCUUAGUCAUCAUUGCUCCUCGUUUUCUUUGUCGUCUUUUUCACCACCAGUGUUCGAACUCGGUGGAAUUUUUUUUUUUUAAUGUUUACCAUGGUCAUAUUUGUAGACUAGUAUAUCACAAUAAACUUGCAGGCACUUUUUAAAACAUUUUAUGAUUUUGUUAGGAUUGUUGGCUCUCAUAUCAUAUUAAGAAAAAAAAAUUGAAGAAAUUAUCUUCUUAAGGUUAAAGGAUAAUUAAGCACUUUUGAAUUAAAA